UUGAUUCAUUUAUACAUCUGGGUUUUGACUGCUUUCUAUGAUUGCUGUUUUGGAAAUUUUGUCCUGGGAUUGAAUUAAUUUCUAAAUUAGUCUUCUACUUUAUCGUAAAGUUUUGAAUUUUAUGGUCUUAAUUAAUAAUUAAACAUACCAAAUUUGAUCACAUAUUAUUAAGUAUAAGAUUCUUUAUUGAAGUUUCAGAAUAUGUUUUUUGGGAAUUUUUUAGUGUUUCUUGGAGAUAAUUAUCCAAGUUGGUUAAUUAAUCGCAAUGCAUUCUCUUAGGCUAAAAUGGAACGAAUAUGUAUAGUCUACUUGAUCGAGUCUUGAUGCCAACUUAGAUGGAUUCAGUUGUAUGAAUUCUUAAGAAAUUUUAGCAAAUUGUAGAAAUGAAUCAUAACAGAUGUGCUUUGAUAACAGUAUAAUCAGAAUAACUUAUGUUUCGAUUUCAAUUAGUUAUGCAGUGGCUUCAUUGCAUCGAGAUCUUUGGAAUGUCUGUUCGCAUCAUUAAGAUUUUACAGAACAAAUUGGAAGUAAUUAAUGUUUCUGCAAUUGAAGUGAUAAUGGCCGGGUUGGAGGAAUUAAGAAAGAAGCUCGCACCAUUAUUUGAUGCUGAGAAAGGCUUCUCAGCUGGGUCAACAUUGGACCCCAGUGAUUCUUACAUGCUGUCAGAUGGUGGAACUGUUAACUUACUAAGCAGAUCAUAUGGAGUGUACAACAUAAAUGAGCUAGGAUUGCAAAAAUGUACUUCUUCGCCAGAAACUGAAACAGACCAUGGUGAGAAAACAUAUCGAUGUGCCUCCCACGAGAUGAGAAUUUUUGGAGCUAUAGGCAGUGGUGCUAGCAGCGUUGUUCAAAGAGCGAUUCAUAUUCCAACUCAUAGAAUUAUUGCCCUGAAGAAAAUUAAUAUUUUUGAAAAGGAGAAAAGACAACAGCUUCUUACUGAAAUAAGGACACUGUGCGAGGCACCUUGUUAUGAGGGUCUUGUGGAAUUCCACGGAGCAUUUUAUACUGCCGACUCUGGGCAAAUAAGCAUAGCUUUAGAAUACAUGGAUGGAGGAUCUUUGGCAGAUAUCUUACAAGUGCGGAAAAGAAUACCAGAACCAGUGCUUUCAUGUAUGUUUCAAAAGCUCCUGCAUGGACUAAGCUACUUGCACGGAGUUAGACAUUUAGUUCACAGAGACAUAAAACCCGCAAAUCUACUUGUGAAUCUCAAGGGGGAGCCAAAAAUAACAGAUUUUGGCAUAAGUGCUGGCCUUGAGAGUUCAAUGGCAAUGUGUGCUACUUUCGUUGGGACCGUCACAUACAUGUCACCCGAACGAAUACGAAAUGACAGCUAUUCUUAUCCAGCUGAUAUUUGGAGCCUUGGUCUUGCCCUUUUUGAGUGUGGCACAGGGGAGUUCCCAUACACAGCUAGCGAAGGACCUGUGAAUCUUAUGUUGCAGAUCUUGGAAGAUCCAUCACCAUCACCAUCAAAGCACAAUUUUUCUCCAGAGUUCUGCUCAUUUAUUGAUGCAUGCCUCCAGAAGGAUCCAGAUGCUAGGCCAACAGCAGAGCAGCUCCUUUCCCAUGAAUUUAUUACAAAGUAUGCACAAACUAGCGUAGACCUUGCAGCAUUUGUCCGAAGUGUUUUUGAUCCGACACAAAAACUGAAGGAUUUAGCAGAUAUGCUGACAAUACACUACUACUUACUUUUUGAUGGACCGGAUGAGCUUUGGCAGCACACAAAGACAUUAUAUAAUGAAGGCUCAAUUUUUAGUUUUUCUGGGAAGCAAUCUGUUGGCCCUAAAGAUAUCUUCGCAACCUUGUCAAACAUUCGAAGCACAUUAGCUGGUGAUUGGCCACCUGAAAGACUUGUCCAUGUCGUGGAAAAACUACAGUGCCGUGCUCAUGGUCAAGAUGGAGUGGCUAUUCGUGUUUCUGGAUCCUUUAUAAUUGGAAAUCAGUUUCUCAUAUGUGGGGAUGGUUUACAAGUAGAAGGAUUGCCUAAUUUCAAAGAUCUUUCGAUCGACAUUCCUAGCAAGCGCAUGGGCACGUUUCAGGAACAGUUCAUUAUGGAACAAGGAAACGUCAUCGGAUGCUACUCCAUAGUUAAACAAGAUCUCUAUAUUAUCAAAUAAAACAACAAUGCAAGAAUCAUCUCCUCCAAGGCAGAUAACUAUAGCUACUCCAAGGGCUCUAACUGAGAAAUAUACGGCCAAAGGUAAUUUUAAUCAUUUGGCUAAACCAAGAAAUGUAUCAUUAAAAAGUUGUUCCCAUUUCACAUCAGUCUCGGUGUAGAAUGUUUGAUUAAUAGAGCCACCAAGUGGAUUAAUUAGAAGUUGUAAUUUGGCAUUAAUCAAAUUAAAUUACAUUGUAAAAUUAUCAGGAAUGGCAUAAUCUCUUCUUACAAUGCAUGUUAUAAUGCUUCUUACAACUGCCUCUAUAAGCCAGAUAUAAAAGUUUCUGAUGGGAUUUGCAUUA